CGUGCUCGAGGCAUCUGCAAGUUCUGGCCGAAACGAGCCGUUCCCUGGUGUGGCGUUGACAUGGCUUGCUUCCGGCCGAAUGACAAAGUGCAGCUCGCAGUGCGCCCAUCGAACGCGAGGCUCACGCGAGUGCGCGAAUUUCUGGCGAUUCAGAAGCGGAUCGGAAGGGAUGUCGCGAAGAGCAAUCUAUUUCUCGGGUGUCGGAGGUUUGGCGAGGAUUUACUGCUUUAUGCCGACGACGACCUGAAGGCGUGGGUCGAUCUCGGCAUAGAGGAUGUGCACCCGGCAUUCUCGAGCGCGACUAGUACUGAUCAGUCUCUCGGCUACAAGUACGUCCAAGAGUGAUUUUUCGUCCUUCAUUCUAUCCUCCCGUUGUUAUCACAUUUGUGCAUAGUACUAGUCAUAAUUUGCAAGGCCGUGUUAAUAUUGUGAAGGUGUGGAGAGCUGGCGCAGAG